AGCAGGCUCAGAAGGUCCAGAAGGCAGGGAAAGGAGACCCCUAUCUGUCCUUCUUCUGGAAGAGCUGGAAAGGAAGUCUGCUCAGGAAAUAACCUUGGAAGAUGGUGGCCCUGAAGACCUUCGCUCUGCUGCUGCUGUCCCUGUUCCUGGCAGUGGGACUAGGAGAGAAGAAAGAGGGUCACUCCAGCCUUCUCCCCUCCCUGCCUGUCGGAUCUCAUGCUAAGGUGAGCAGCCCUCAACCUCGAGGCCCCAGGUAUGCCGAAGGGACUUUCAUCAGUGACUAUAGUAUUGCCAUGGACAAGAUUCACCAACAAGACUUCGUAAACUGGCUGCUGGCCCAAAAGGGGAAGAAGAAUGACUGGAAACACAACAUCACCCAGAGGGAGGCUCGGGCACUCGAGCUGGCCAGUCAAGCUAAUAGGAAGGAGGAGGAGGCAGUGGAGCCACAGAGCUCCCCACCCAAGAACCCCAGCGAUGAAGAUUUGCUGCGGGACUUGCUGAUUCAAGAGCUGUUGGCCUGCUUGGUGGAUCAGACAAACCUCUGCAGGCGCAGAGGUGGUCCAGGGGCAUUUGAUGACCUCCAGGCAGUGGAGGGGCAGUCGAGGAAGACCAGGGCCCCAGGCGCCUACGUGGGCGGAAUGCACAAGCUUGGGUCUUGGCGGCCGGGGCUCCACGUCCCAGCACUAGCCAACGAGGGCCUCGGCCGCGCGCGAAUAUUCGUGCCUUCCUCGCUGCGAGGCUUUCCGAAUCUUGGCCACGAGCUAAAGGCGGGGUCGCCGGACCGGUAG